UGCGCCGCCUAGAAAAACUUGUGCGGGGCCAUUUUUGGGGCAGUAAGAUCGAGCGAGGAGCCCAAGAGCGAGCGCGCAGCCCGAGAGCUCGAGCCGCCUCCGCCGCGAGACGCCCCCGGCCGCCGCCUGCGCCGCGCGAUCCGCACCGGCCUCCCGAGAGCGAGCCCCGGAGCCGCGACCGCCAGCCGCGCUAACCGCCCACCAACCGCCACCGAGCGCCCGAGCGAGAGCAGACGAGGCGGCAUGAGCGAGGCGGGCGAGGCCACCGGCACCACCAGCAGCAGCAGCAGCAGCCUCCCGCAGGCUCCGGCGGAGGCGGCCCCCGCGGCGCCCCAGGACCCCGCGCCCAAGAGCCCGGGGGGCAGCGGCGCGCCCCAGGCCGCGGCCCCGCCGCCCGCCGCGCUCGCCGCGGGAAACCCCGGUGGGGACGCGGCCCCCGCAGCCACGGGCACCGCGGCCCCCGCCUCUUCGGCCCCCGCCGGCGGUGAGGACGCGGAGAAGAAAGUUCUCGCCACCAAAGUCCUUGGCACUGUCAAAUGGUUCAACGUCAGAAAUGGAUAUGGAUUUAUAAAUCGAAAUGACACCAAAGAAGAUGUAUUUGUACAUCAGACUGCCAUCAAGAAGAAUAACCCACGGAAAUACCUGCGCAGUGUAGGAGAUGGAGAAACUGUAGAAUUUGAUGUGGUUGAAGGAGAGAAGGGUGCAGAAGCAGCCAAUGUGACUGGACCAGACGGAGUUCCUGUAGAAGGGAGCCGUUACGCUGCUGAUCGGCGUCGAUACAGACGUGGUUACUAUGGCAGACGCCGUGGACCUCCCCGUAAUGCCGGUGAGAUUGGAGAGAUGAAGGAGGGAGUCCCAGAGGGGACACAGCUGCAGGGACCGGUUCAUCGAAAUCCAACUUACCGCCCAAGGUACCGGAGAGGCCCUCCUCGCCCCCGACCUGCCCCAGCUGUUGGUGAGGCUGAAGAUAAAGAGAACCAACAAGCAGCCAAUGGUCCAAACCAGCCAUCUGCUCGCCGUGGAUACCGGCGCCCAUACAACUAUCGGCGUCGCCCCCGCCCCCCUAAUGCUCCUUCACAAGAUGGCAAAGAGACCAAGGCAGGUGAAGUUCCAUCUGAGAACCCCGCUCCAGCCACCGAGCAGAGCAGUGCUGAGUAACACCAGGCUCCCCAGGCACCUUUACCAUCACCAGGUGACCUAAAGAAUUAAUGACCAUUAGAAAAGAUAAAGCAUAAAGCAGACCAUGACCUUACCAACACCAAAGAAACAUCCAAGCAAUAAUGUGGAAGACUAAUAACCAAGAUGUGGACAUUAGAAUGUUUACUAUUAUUCUUUAUGAAACAGACAACUACAAAAGAAAAAUGUCAGCCAAUAUUUCUAGCAAGCUGAGAUCCCGGGAAUGCCUGCACAAAAGACAAGAGAGCAACCUCCCCAGUUUCAGCAACCACUAGGUUUAUAUUUUUUUCCUGGUUUUUACUGUUUUGGUAAUAUGAAUUGAAAAAAGAAAUAUUAAUACCACAUGGGGAGAACCCCAACCAAAGAAACCUGAAAUAUAUAGUAAAUGCUUUUUUUUCCUUUUUUGUUCAUUUUGGAUGCUGGUGCUAAACUUCCAAGUGUCGUGAUUUAAAAAGAAAUUUUAUGCCCUUCUUAUUUAUUUCUAGGAUGAGGGGAGGAUAACAUUUUUGCUUUCUUAUGUGACUCUUUAAAAAUGUGCAGUAUGAAGUUCCUCAAAAAUAAAAUUUUUACCCUUGAAA